AUGGAGAUGCUGUUGCUGCUGCCCCUGCUGUGGGCCGGUUCCCUGCAGGGGGAUCCGGGGUACGAGCUCCGGGUACAGGGCACGGUGACAGUGCAGAAUGGUCUGUGCGUCCACGUGCCCUGCUCCUUCUCCUACCCCGGGCUUGGCACGAACAACACUACACAUGUUUACGGCUCCUGGUACCGGUUAAAGGAUAAUCCUAGAGCGGCAGUUCCCAUGGCCACAAAGAGCCCAGUCAGAGGGACGAAGAGGAAAGGUCUCCACCUUUCCGGAGACCCUGGGGCGGGCGACUGCUCCCUGAGCAUCACGGACGCGCAGAGGCGACACAGUGGAAACUAUUACUUUCACCUGUACAGAGGUCUCAUGAGACACCGUUACAGAAGUAACAGGCUCACUGUGCGUGUGACAGCACUGACACAGACCCCGGAUAUCCGGGUCAAGGAGCCCCUGGAGUCCGGCCGCCCCAGCCACCUGACAUGCUCUGUGCCUGGGGCCUGUGAUGGGGCGACGCCCUUCACCAUCUCCUGGACGGGGGCUGCCCUCAGAGCCCCGGGACUGGACUUGGAGGCCUCUAACUCCUCGGAGAUCCUGCUCACCCCCCACCCACAGGACCAUGGCACCAACCUCACCUGUUGGGUGACCUUCCCCAGGGCUGGCGUGAGCACCCAAAGCACCAUUACGCUCAACGUCUUCUAUGCCCCACAGAACCUGAGCAUCAGCAUCUCCCGAAGAAACUGCACAGAACUGAAGUACCCAGGGAACGGCUCAGCUCUUCCAGUCCUGGAAGGGGAGACUCUGCUCCUGGUCUGUGCUGCUGACAGCAACCCUCCCGCCACUCUGAGCUGGGUCCAGGGGAGCCGGACUCUGGGUCCCUCCUGGCGCUGGGAGCAGGGGCUCCUGGAGCUGCCCCGAGUGGAGCUGGGCAACGAAAGCAAAUUCACCUGCCAAGCUCAGAACCCGCUGGGCUCCCGGCAGGUCUCCCUGCAUCUGUCUGUGGUCUACCCCCCGCGGCUGCUCAGCCCCUCCUGCUCCUGGGAGGGCGAGGGGCUGCGCUGUAACUGCUCCUCCCGAGCCCAGCCGGCGCCCACCCUGCGCUGGCGGCUGGGGGAGGAGCUGCUGGAGGGGAACCACAGCAACGCCUCCUGGACCGUCACCUCCAGCUCUGCUGGGCCCUGGGCCAACAGCUCCCUGAGCCUCAGUGGGCCGCUGGGCUCCAGCCUCAGACUCAGCUGCGAGGCCCGGAAUGCACAUGGGAAACAGAGCGCCGCUGUCCUGCUGCUCCCAGGGAAGCCUGAGCUCGAGGGAGGAUUCGUUCUGGGGGCCGUCGCGGGUGCCGGUGUUGCUGGCCUGCUCAGUCUCUGUCCCUGCCUCAUCUUCUUCAUGGUGAAGAUCUGCAGGAAACAGGCUCCCUGGCCUGCAGCUGGUGGGACGGAUGCCACCCGCACGCUGGGUUCUCUCUCCUGGGGUUACCAGCCAGAGUAUCCGGGAAGCAUCCCCCUAGCCUGCCCGCCCCCAGCCGUGGCCCCGCCCACCUUGGAGGAGGAGUCCGAGCUCCAUUACGCCUCCCUCACCUUCCAUGGGCUGAGGCCCUGGAAGCCUCAGGACCCGGAGGGCUCUAACACCACCGAGUAUUCAGAGAUCAAGAUCUGCAAGUGA